AUGCUUGUCCCUCUGCACACUUCUUCCUCUCGUUUCCUCCCUUUGAGGCGCUUCAAAUCUCAAAGCAGCUGUUCUCGCUCGCCCACAGCGUCGACUAGAGGUAUGCUUGUCCCUCUGCACACUUCUACUUCUUCCUCUCGUUUCCUCCCUUUGAGGCGCUUCAAAUCUCAAAGCAGCUGUUCUCGCUCGCCCACAGCAUCGACUAGAGGUCCGUUUGUCCCUCCGCAAACCCCUGCUCUCUCGCCCACCCUCCCUCUCUUUUUCGUUUUCUUUCACCUACCUCACAACCUCCCUUUCUCUUUCCCAUUUUCUCAGCUGCUGCUACUGGCACUGCUAACUGGCACUGCUAACAUUAUCCCUGGGAGUGGCCAACCGAGUGCUCUACAAGCUGGCGGUCAUUCCUUCAACCCGCCCCACCCAUCCUCUCUCGUCUCCUGUUCUUGCCCACUGUAUUCCCAUCAGCUCCUACUGCUAGCACUGCUAACAGUGUCUCUGGGAGUGGCCAACCGAGUGCUCUACAAGCUGGCGCUCAUUCCUUUGCACCGCUACCCUUUCUUCCUCGCCCAGCUCACCACAUUCGGCAAGCACCCCAAUCAACCACGGGGCCCUAUUCUUUUCCAUCACCCUAGCUAUUGCCCUACUACCUCGCUAUUCCCCUGCCGGUUGGCUUGCUGCGGUUCGAAUCCUUCCUUACUGCAAGAGGCUACCUCUACCUCGCUAUUCCCCUGCCGCCCCUGCCGUCCCCGCCUUCCCUGUCCCCCCUCUUCUUCACCCUUAUCCUCCUCGUUCCUCCCAUGCCGUGUUCCCAACCCCCCCCCUUUCUUUUCCCUCAUCUCCUCUCCCCCCUCCCUCCCCCCCUCCUCCCCACUCUAUUUCCUCCCAAACAGCUACGUGGCAGUCUAUUCAAUUAUCCUCCUCAUCCGCACCUCCCUCAAUAUAGUCACACCCGACAUGCUCACUCUGCCCAAGCGCCCCUUCAUGCUCAUGGGUCUCCAAAUCUCCUCUCCUCACCAUGUUAACCCCAAUCUCCUCUCCUCACCAUGUCAACCCAAAUCUCUUCUCAUCACCAUGUUAACCCCAAAUCUCCUCUCAUCACCAUGUCAAGCCAAAUCUCCUCUCAUCACCAUGUCACCCCCCCCUUUCUGCUCCCCUAUCCUCCUCCUUGCUGCAGCGCAUAUGCCUGGAGUCCUCAUCCCAGUGCUCUCACAGGUCCCACAAGGGGUUGUCCCGCCCAAGCAGCUCUGCCUCUCUUAUCUCUUUCAUCCUCUCCCAUCCAGCACCGCACACAACCUUGGCCCGCCCCACCUCUUUCCGCCGCUUCUCCCCCCUCUAGAUCUCUUCAGGUCUUCCUGGUGUGUGUGGCAGCUCGUCCUCUCUUAUCUCCCUCUCACUUCUUUCUUCAACCCUCCCUCCCUUUUUCCUCUGCACACAACCUUGCCAUUGUUCCACCCUCCUCUCUCCCGUUCAGGUCUUCCUGGUGUGGCAGCUCGUCCUCUCUUAUCUCCCUCUCACUUCUUUCUUCAACCCUCCCUGCCUUUUUCCUCUGCACACAACCUUGCCAUUGUUCCACCCUCCUCUCUCCCGUUCAGGUCUUCCUGGUGUGGCGGUUCAUCCUCUCUUAUAUCUUCCAUCCUUUCUGCCGUUCUUCACCGCACACAACCCCUUCAGAUCUUUCUCGUGUGGCAGCUCACCCUCUCUUAUGUCUUCCUCGGCCGCCGCUACUCGCCACAGCAGCUUCUGGGAUGCUUCCUCGUGAUUGUGGGAGUUGCGGUGGUGGUGGUGACCAGUGGACCGCCAUUGCAUCAUGUAUCCACGCUAUUAGCUUCUCUGCUAGCAGCAACAGCGAUCCAGUGGCCCCUCCUCUUCAUAGUAUCCACUGUGUUUCCAGCAGCAUCCUCUAUUAUUAAGGAGUCUGUGUUUCGAAAUUCAGCCAAGAAGCUCAACGCGCUUGUCAUCCUCAUCCUGCCGCCCUUCCCACCACCACAGGCGCUUUUCAUCCUCAUCCUGCCGCCCUUCCCACCACCACAGGCGCUUUUCAUCCUCAUCCUGCCGCCCUUCCCACCACCACAGGCGCUUUUCAUCCUCAUCCUGCCGCCCUUCCAACCACCACAGGCGCUUUUCAUCCUCAUCCUGCUGCCCUUCCCACCACCACAGGCGCUUUUCAUCCUCAUCCUGCCGCCCUUCCCACCACCACAGGCGCUUUUCGUCCUCAUCCUGCUGCCGCUCAUCUCCUCUUUGGGGUACAGAGUCCCUCCUGCGCAGCUUCCAGGCUACUUCCGGGAAGGUGCCGCGUGCCUUUUCAACUUCAACCAGAACAUUCCAGGGAGCGCCCCUGCUCCCGCUGCUUUACGUGGCAGCUGUCAGGGAGCGCCACUCCUCCCGCUGCUCUACGUGGCAGCCAACCUAGCGUUCAACAUCUCGCUGCUGGCUCUUCUCAAGAAGUCGUCUGCUGUGAUUGCGUCUCUCUCCAUGACCCUCACAGUGCUAGCAUUCACCCUCCCCCUACCUCUACUGGGCCCGCCCCAGCCCCUGAGGGGGGGAGUUAUUCUUGGGACCCUCGUGCUGCUGCUGGGGCUGGCUGCUUACAACCUUGCCACGCCUGGAAGCAUGGGUGCAGGAGGGGAAGGGGGGUUGAAGCUGGCAGCAGGGAAGGAAGACUAG